AUGGAGCCACCUGAAGAUGGCAAUUCUAGUUUCGCCAAAGAGCUUUACGGAGAAAGUUUGCAGCUUUCGAAACCUCGCAAUGAUGAUGAUGAUCACAGCCUUGAGAAUUUAGAUGGAUCAUUCUUCGGGAGUUCAGAUGAAGAAACAAGUGAUACUUACCCUCUUAGCAAGGACACAGAGAAGAUGCUUGAGGAAUUCCACAUGAGCGGAUACCGUGAUGGGAUUAUCGCUGGGAAAGAAGCUGCGGCGCAGCAAGGUUACAACAUUGGCUACAAAGAAUCAGUUCUUGAUGGGUACAAGUUUGGUAUUGUUAGAGGUGUCUCCAGUGCGUUGGCUUUCCUCCCAAAUGAGCUAAGAGAGAAGCUGGUUGAUGAACAAGCAACAAGAGAUAAGUUCCAGGAGCUACACAGCUCUGUGCAUGGUCUCUCAACGGAAGCGGCGAUGAAACUGUUUUAUGGAACUCUGACUAGAAAGCAAGGAGAGGAGAAGAGUGGAGAAGACGGGUCUGACUCUGGUCCUAGUCCUAGUCCUAGUCCUAGUCCCGGUUCUGGUUCUGGUUCUGUUUCCGGUUAUGGCGUUGGUGCCCCAACCAACUUGGGAAACUAUGUUACUGAGCUGAGCUCUCUUCUUUACAAAUCUCCUAAGAUUGAAGUUAAAUUGGACAUGUAG